CAAUCUCUGAGUGCAAAUAAUAAAAGUUGGUGCCCCCUUUGUGGAUGGUGAUUUUUAUAAAAUUAUAUAGAAGAGGUGUUUUUUUAAUUAAAUAGAAGAGGUGUGUUUUGCAGAUGAGUUAAAUGAGAUUUUAGAAAAAACUACAUCAUCAAGUUUUAGUUGCUCAGGUGGUGUUUGAAUAAUCAUGACUAGUGUGAUGAACUGUGGAAUGUGUUUUGUUAUGCGGUUAUGCGGGUCAUCACUAGAUAAACAUGUUCUCAAUUUUAUAAGGAUUUGCGAUAAAGGCACCCUGAGAACUCCGAAGAUAGUGGUUCGCUAUUCGGUGUGUUAUAUACAUAGUCCAAGAUUUUUUAGUGUUAAAUCUAGUGAGGCAAGCUAUAUCGAAUCUGAGCGAACUAACACAAAGUAUCCUAAACGCAUUCAAAAAAUUUUUGGAUUCUCACAGGUUCAAGCACAGAGACUUCUUCUCGAAAGAUCACUUCAUGAAUGCCAGAACAAUGAGUUGCCGACAAAUGUAGAACACGUAAAGCAACAAGCAAUAUCUUUUACCGUAAUACAAGAAAACCCUUGGAUUUCUACAUUCAGUCAAGAUAGCCUUGAUGCAAGACUUUCACUGAUAAAAAACUUGGAUUUUGAAAAUAUUGAGGAUGGAGUGCCUCUCAUGCAAAUUUAUUUUUCACGACUGGCAUCGCUGUGUUUGUUUUGGAGAAAGGAAUUUGAUUGUUUUUCUGGCCGCAGUCGUAUCAAAUACAUCAGUGAAAAACUCCAGUGUCCUGUCUCAGUUGUAUGUCAGCUGUUCGUCAAGUACAGAUUCCUGCAGAUGAUGGAAUCACCUAGACUCAAGAAAAAUUUGGACUUGCUAUUAAAUGCAGGAGUAUCCCCAAAUAACAUUUUGAAAGAUGUUUGGUCCCUACGUACCAAGUCGGAGUUUGUAGAGGAAAGGCUUUGUCGGGCGAAUGAAGUUGGCUUGCCUGAUCCAAAGCCUUGGCUUGUGAGGUGCCAGAUCGAAGUUUUUGAGAGGACCCUGGAAAGGCACAUGCAGAGUCGAGCCAUCCUCGGCAGCAAGUCGUUCCACCAGUUCCUGGCAGACAGGCUGGGCUGCGACGUGCAGGCCGCCACGGUCAUGGUGCAGAGGUACCCGACCGUGCUGCACGUCAACAUCCCCAAGAUAAACGAGAUCCUGGACUUCCUGCGGGAGGAGGGCUUCAGCAUGGAGCAGGUGCUGCAGGUCCCGCGCAUCCUGUGCCACAGCCUGGAGACGACCCGGGCCAGGCUGGGGCAGCUGCACGCGCGGGGCUUUCACCCCGUGUCGCUGAUGGUGCUGUGCCUGAGCCAGCCCGACUACCUCAAGAUGGUGCGCCGGCUGGAGCAGCGGAGAGCCAAGGUGGCGCAGUGACACCGCCUGCUGUGUUGUGUCAACCUGUCUGAAUUACAAUCACUAUCAGUUAGUUAGCACAUCAAGAAAAGUGGUCCGUCGAUUUAAUAUUUUAAGCACAGUAAAAAAAAAAACGUUGUUACGACCCCUCAUGCUACUCGGGGUGGGGCCAGUGGUAAUAAACAUUUUGGACCAAUUGACUUAUCCGUGACCCCUACAUGUCAAAAUAAGACAUUUUUCUUGAAAAGUUUGUAUUCAGUGAACUCUGACACAAAAUUGACAAGUUUUCAGCAUUAAAUAUAAAUCCAUUUUAAUAGCAGAUGUUGGAAAAGAUAUCCAAGAAAAGCAUAUCGGACCACCUACUUCUGUCAACAAAAUGAGCAUAAAGUCAGCUCAGUGCACGGUGCAAUUAUAUCUUUAACAAGUGAUAAGUCCAUUUUACACUGAUUUGAUAUGGAAAAUAAAAAUAAAUUUUUAAAAUUAUAAUUAACUGGCUAAUAACUAUAGUUGUACACAUUCACAAAAUUUUGUUGAUGUGCAGAUACAACUUUUACUGAUUCACUAAUUCUGAACAGAUAAGGGAGAAAACACAUUUUGGUUAAAAAAAAAAUUUUAUGCAUUUACUUAAGUACAAGAAAUAACCCAUUCUAAGAAAUGCAUGCAAUGCAGAUGCACAUGUAUUUUUGUUACUAAACGGAACAUAACCUCUCCCUUUUUAACUUUAUUUUAAGCUUGUUUUCAUUUGUUCGUUGCUUAUUGAAACAUGACUUUACUAAUGGAGGCUGGAAAAUUGAUUUAUUUAAUAGGUAAUUAUAUAAAAUAAGGUUAUUUAAUAAUAGGUAACUUUUAAAUUCAUUGAUUCACAAAAUAUAAAGUUAUAAAAAUAAAUUCUAAUGUGCAAAUUUGCAAGACUGUUUACAAUUCAAGAACGAAAUUCCAAUACCAUCUUAACGCAUGCAGCAGCGAAAAUUUACGGUACCAAACAUUUGUAUGGAAAUGCUUUUCAUGUAGUCGUUUAGCACGAGGAAACAGUAAAUGUAAUUUACGUUAUGUUAAGUUCUGUAUUAUUUGGUUACUAUUAUUAUUUAAUUUUAAAAACUUUACGUAAGUUUAUUAAAAAAUGUCUGUCAUGAUUUUAUGAACAAUUCUUUACAGAUCAAGCAGUUGGUAUUUUCCGUUGUUUGUAGUGGUAUCAUGCUCUAAAUAAAACAAGUUUUUGAUCUUGUCUAAACUUCAUACUUGCCAAUUUUUACGAUUCUGGUGUAAAAUGUACGAAAAUCUGGGCUUGUUUACGAUUUUACGAACGUGUCCAAUUAUUUACGAUUUUUGUUGGCGACAAUAGGAAGGUUCAGAGAAAGAGCCAUAAAUGCACGUCUCAAGUGACCAUUCAAAAAAGGCAUAAGUACGCAGAGCGUGUCCUUGUUUUGGCGCUGUUUUGACGCAGGGUGUGUAGUUUUUCAACUAAGUGCUGGCCACGUCCUUCCUUGUCUGUAACCCUCUUCGGGCUGCUGGCGACUGAAGCCAGGGAGAGGUAGGAUGAUGUUUGUCAGCAGUCCCUCCCUUCUUCGAUCUUGUAUACCUACUUUCCACUUGCCGGGGCACAAAGCCUAACGAGAGAGAGAGAGAGAGAGAGAGAGAGAGAGAGAGAGAGAGAUAGAUAGAUAGAUAGAUAGAUAGAUAGAUAGAUAGAUCAGCAAACGGCACCACGUGCAGUCAGGCAAUACUGGAAUCAUUAAACCAGUAUGGUGUAGGCUUUGAAAAUGUUCUAGGUCUUGUGUCAGAUUCGGCGAGGCACAUGAGUACCUGUUUUGCAGCCCUGCAGAUAGAUUUAGGUGACCACACUUCCAGUGUUGGGCACAUAAGGUGUACCUCGUGGGUGAUGUUUUCAUGCGAGUUUAGUGAUGUCAAUUCUUUGGUUGUUGUGAAGCUAGCAUUUCUACAUGGUAGGAAAAAAAUUAAGAGUGCAUACAUUUUAUUCUUACAAGAAAUCUACCCAGAACUGACUGCAAAGCUUUUCCCAAGCCCAGUAGUAACAAGGUGGAAUUCUUGGUUUAUGGCUGUUAUCUAUUUAUCUCAGUACAUUGAACCACUUCUUCUGUUCUUGAACCAGUGGGAACCUCAGAAUGCCAGUGUAAAGUUGGUGUGCCAGAAGUUGUCUGGAGGCCAGUUUUCUGUACUUAACAUCAAGUGCAAAUUCGCGAGCGAGGCUUGCAAAAAAUAGUUGAGCUAAUUAAAUUUUUGGAAGGUGGACAUUAACCAUUUGCUCAUUUGCUGUGGGAUGAGCUCUUGCAGCUUUCUGAUCAACUUAUGGUAAUGGACAUGGUGUGUUGCCAUUAGAGCUGGGCCGAUCACCUAUUUUGCCGAUCAUGCCGAUGCCGAUCAUCUGCUGCCGAUCUUGCCGAUCUUCUGAGCCGAUUAGAGCCUUUCAAGUACCUCUGAUUACACGUUGCUUUUGACGGAUCACUAUAAACGGUGAAAUAUUCCCAGACAAAACUACUUUUCAUUGACAUGAUUACUUAUAAAUCACCACACACACGUACACACAAUUAACUGCGUUAAAAUGUAAUAAGGUCAAACCAAAUCUUCAACCUAAUCACAACUCCGUCAUUCUGUGAUCCGUGUGUGCCGGUAGACGUCAGCGAUGAUAAUUUUAUUCCCCCCAGUGACGCCAACAAACUUUCAAUAAUUCCCGAUUGUAAGUUAAUUAGUGAAUACGAAAUACAGAAGAACCUCGUUAAUUCGUAAUGGUCGGGACCAAGAUAAUCACGGAUUACCGAAUUUCACGGACUAGCGAUUAUAAGCCCGGAAGGUCUUGUCAAGCUUCUUAGACACCAGCGUGCAGCUGGGUUAAGGCCAAGGUCAUGUGAUGUAACAUCUCCCGAGGCUUACUGCGCCUUGGCAGCAGAUGGAUAAAAAUAUUAAACUCCCCAUUAUUCAUGUUAAUUGGGACCCGCCAAUGCCCGGAUAAUUUAAAUUCUGUAAAAAAAAAUAAUACCAAUAAAACCCGGAUAAUCCGUUCACGGUAAGGGUUGUCUUCGAAUUAGUGUCUCGGCUUAAAAAAAUAUGGCACUGCCUAGCCAUUAGUUCACGGUCAUUUACAACAGCCAAAGAGAGAAAGAUAAGAUCGUGCUGACCUUGUACACAUAAAUAUUGGGUAGCCCCCCACCCCCCUCCCUUCAUUCGACCAGCCGAAUGCCAGCCAGACACAUCACUCGCCAGGCGCCUGCUGUGCGUUGGCGGGCAGAAAGUAACUCAGCAGCACGUGAAACAACAUUCAAACAAACGGGAGACGUGAAGCAGAAGUCAGGACAUCCCCUCAAGUUUAAAGAGUGACAAAUGUGACAGCUGAAAGGGGGGCGACACAAAGGGUCGGUACAAACAGCGUAGCAGAGUUUGACGGCCCACGCGAUGGCUUGCAGUGUUUGCCGGCCGCCGGCCCGCGCGACGUAAAUUUUAAGCUCUGACAAUUUUAGCUUCUCUUUUUUUUUCUGCACUUUUAAAUCGUCCCGGAUUAUCCCAUUCCCGAAUUAGCGCGUCAUGGAUUAACAAGGUUCUACUGUACCACUAAAUGGGGAACAAAACUCUUCAUCAACCAGGUUUUUAUACAAAAGAAAAAUAAGCUCUAUUUCCCGCUAAACAGGGUAAGAAUAUUAAUUUCGCUAAACAAAACUUUCAAUAGGCCAUAUUUAGCGAGAAAAAACUAAAUAGAUGAAUUCCCGAAGAGGUAGACUAACCACAAGACUACUAGCGCCAUUAAUCCGUACUAUUUCCGUCGCGCAACGCACGUCACUCUAAUUUCUGGCGUCACAUAACCAACCUAAACAACAGUCGCCAUUCGCCAUUGCGGUAAUAUUAGCCGUAAAUGGUAAACGAAUACAUAGUUUUCGGUUCGUAAAUGAUAAAUAACUUUGCAAAUACCGUAUUGGUCCGAAUAUAAGGCGACCAUUUUUACAUAAACGAGAGAUGCAAAAAUUGGAAGUCGCCUUAUUUUCGCACCCAAGACGUCAGAACCGCAAACAUUAGUUCCAAGCUGAAAGCUACAGUAGAAACAUUGUUUAACAAAACGUUCACGAUUUUUUAUAUUAACUAAAACUUUGUUACCUCACACGGUAAAAACAAUAAAUCCACCUAAUAUUGCAGUAAUUUACAAUUGUUUGAAGUUGAAAAUUAAAAUAUUUGUUCUUGAGUAAAAACGUGAAUGUUGAAGCAUCUCAAAAUGGCAACCUUUUAUUUCACAAUUCAUAUUUGUACUUUGUGUACAAUCGCGUGUUAACAUUUACGGUAAUUUAUCUUCAGAUUUUUAACUGAAAUAUUUGUACUAAAAUAUCACAGUUAUUUUCAGAACGAUUGUUUACGUUUACAAACAUUUCGGAUGUAAUGUAUGGAAAUUCACGGCUGCCAACUGUCUUUCCACAAUAUUUCUUUGUUGUAAAACGAACAUUGCCGAACACGCUCGAAGACGCCAUAUUAACAGGAAUUUGGUACGUUGCUUCAAAAGCUAUUUUAAUAAUCCACUCUUUAUUUAUGUAAAAACCUUUCAUAAUUAUAAUAGAUUAUUCUUUCAAAUUCAUAGAACAGACUCUCUCUGUCAGAGAGUAAUAUGGACAAAUAUACGCGGUCACGUAACCGAAGUUAUUCAUGGCCGUAUGCUUCAUCAUGUCAGCUAGCCACUUGUUUUGUUCCGGCAAGAUGCAUUAUUUGUUUGCUUUUUUUACGUUAAACACACUACUAAAUAGUAAUACACCUUGUUCUGUGGUAAUACGUAGCUUAAGUCAAACGGAAAGUUAAAUGCUGUAUUUUAAGAGUGAUUAAUAGCCAUUGUAAAAAUUUUAAAUUCGUAGAUACAGUAAACUGUGAAAAAUCAACAAUCACACAUCGGUGGAACGGCGGGGAACGAGCUCUAGACAAAUAAACAGCUCUGAAGAUGACAAUUAUGCAGCUUCAUUAGAGUAAACACGAAAAAAUUUCUAGUGUAAUAUUUAAAAGUGUAAAUAUUUUCUAAUUGUUUUCUUUUGACUUUUAGGGUAGGCCAUUCAAACUUAUUUUAAAUAAGUAAAGUGAUAAAUAUAAAUUAAUUGUUAUACAUAAAUGCAAAAACGAUUUAUCAACACAAAAUGUAUGUCUAAUGAAUUUUCACAUUAAUUUCUACCAAAAAUUAUUUUUACAUUUGUUUGGCCUCCUGAAACUGCAGGUCGCCUUAUAUUCGGGGUCGCCUUAUAUUCGGGCCAAUACGGUAGUAUAAUGGAAAAUUAUUUUACCGAAAGUACCGUAAAUAUACGUGGAAAUUGAUACUUAGGUAUGUAACUGUUCAAUGUUUAUAAAACAUACGCUAUUUGUUUACUUUAUUGGUAUAUUUUUUUCGUGUGUGGUUAGUUUUAAAUUAUUAAAUCCUAUUAUUUUUCGAUGAAUAAUUGAAUUUUCUUCCCGAAAAGUACCGUAAACAAACAUGGAAAUUUGUUAGAUAUAGGUAAUUAUUCAAUGUUAUAAGUUUGCAGUAGGAGACCAAUGAUCGGCUCAAAUAAUCGGCUACGUUUUGCCAAUCAUUAUGAUCGGCAAAAUUAACAAAAUCGGCCGAUUAUUACGAUCGGGGAUCGGCAUCGGCCCAGCUCUAGUUGCCAUCAUAGAGACAGCAAAUGUUGGAAGGAGUAAAGGGUGACACAGCCAAAGCAAGCAUCAAGUCUGCUAUAUCCAACUGUUGUACAAAAAGUGCUAUGAAACUAACAUCACAUAUGGCUCCAUCUCCAGCAAACAACUUCUAUGCAACAGCAGGUGAACUGUUCAACCCUGCCAAAGCAGGUCAACAAGUAGAAGUGAACUGUAGUAAGUUGGUUGUUUGCAAUAAGCUCCCGCCAUUUUCAAAGAUCAGCAGUGAUCAGUUUGUGGAUGGUUAUCUGUACUUCCACAAACAGUUGAAAGAACAUAAUGCGGGAAGGAAACCACAUUGACAUGCCUCAAAUUCUUCUUGCAGUUUCUCUCACAAAACCAGAGUUUGGAGCAACUGCCCUCAAAACCAUCUGGGCACCUGUGAGCAGUGUUGAUGCAGAGAGGUGCUUAAGCUCAUACAAUGUUGUUUUGAGUGAUCACAGAACAAUUUAAAAGAAGAAAGUGUUGAAAUGUGCAAUAUGCUGAAAUUUAAUGUGUGAAAGAUGUCAACUAUGUAACUUGCUGCUACACAAAACAUUGUUUUACAUACAUGUCUUGUCAAUUAUGUGCCCUUUUUUAAAAAAUUUUACAUUAAUGUGUUGGACAUGCUAAAGUUAUUUAACAUACUAUGUAAAAACUGUAUUUAAUGAUUCAUUGUUUUUCAACCUAUUAAAAUGUUAUUUACCUGGAUACUGUUUAUCUAACAUUU